CUAAAAACAUUGAAAGCAAACAGUUCUUCCUGAUGUGACAUGCCAACUUUGGGCAGAUCUUACUCUUAAUUAUAGCCUAGCUGUGAGAUGGGAGGUUCUUGUGUGGUAGGUGCUUUUUUAAUGAUCCGAGAGGGACAGAUAUGGUAUAAAUACCCUCAGCAUUGUCCUGGAGAGCAGCAGUUUCUGGAAGUGCUCCUCACCCAAGGAUAUACAGAGGCAGGAGCAGUGACUGUGAUUUGUUUCAUUUGGAUCCGGGGAAGCCGAUUUAACCUCAGAAAAUGGAACUCCGAGUAGCAUCCAUCGUCCUCCUCUUCGUGGCCCUGGCCGCUGCCACUGGCGAGAGAUAUGUUGUCAAGAAAGUCAUGAAGGCACAGCAGUACCAGCCCUACUCAGUGAAGAGCCAUGUGGUGUCAGUAGCUGGAGAGCCAGGUGCCCCAGGUGAGCCCGGAGCUGAGGGUCCUGCCGGCCCUCCAGGCCCUGCUGGUGAGAACGGCGUUGGGUAUCCUGGCGCAGCCGGACCCCCUGGACCCCCCGGACCCGCUGGCUACUCUGCUUCCGGAAAACCCGGUUCCCCAGGCGGCCCCGGCAAACCCGGUUCCAACGGCGCCCCCGGAGCCAAGGGUGAGACCGGUCACUCUGGUCCUCAGGGACCCAGAGGCAUGCCUGGCCCUUCAGGAAGCCCCGGACCUGCUGGUUUGUCCGCCACUGGCAAACCAGGCUCUGCUGGUAUGCCCGGAGCCAUGGGACAAAGAGGAGAGCCCGGUGCUAAGGGAUACACAGGUGCCCCAGGUGCUCCAGGAGCUAAGGGAGAUAGGGGGGUUGGUGUUCCUGGCCCACAGGGUGCCACUGGUGCAAUGGGUCCCAUGGGUCCUUCCGGCCCUGCUGGUGAACCAGGUGUAGGAAAGCCCGGCAGAUCUGGUGCCCCAGGUGAGCCCGGAAAGUCAGGUAGCCCAGGUAGAGAUGGCGUUCCCGGAUCCAUGGGAGCUCAGGGAGCCAAAGGUCACACCGGAGCCCCCGGAAUCGGUGUGUCAGGCAAGCCAGGUGAGAACGGCGCUCCAGGUAUGCCCGGCUCCACUGGUGCUAGAGGUGCUCAGGGUCCUGCUGGCGCAUCUGGUGCUCCAGGUACCCCUGGUUAUGGCAAGCCCGGCGCUAACGGUCAGAAAGGUGAGAGGGGAGUAGUAGGUAGCCCAGGAACCACAGGUCAGAAGGGAGAGCCAGGUGCAAUGGGUGCCACAGGCUCAACAGGCUCAACAGGACCCAUGGGUCAAUCUGGCUCCCAGGGAGGAAGAGGUUUCCCAGGAGAGAGGGGCGCUGCUGGUACCAAAGGUGAUGCAGGUGCACCAGGUCUUCCCGGGCACAAGGGAUUCAAGGGAGAUCAGGGACCUCAGGGUAUUGAGGGCAAACAGGGUUACACAGGUGCCACCGGUCCAGUCGGCCCAAGGGGAGCCACCGGAGCCUCUGGCCCUAAAGGUGAGACUGGCUUCACCGGUGCCACAGGUGCUCCAGGUAACCCCGGAGCUUCUGGACCCAAGGGCAAUUCCGGACACCCAGGUGCUGCAGGAGACCAAGGAGGUGCUGGUUCUCCUGGUCCCAGAGGCCCAGUUGGCCCAAUGGGACCUUCUGGUCCUGCCGGCAUGAAGGGUCACACCGGUCUCCCCGGCCCACCUGGCCCUGCUGGCCAAACUGCUAAGGGCAUCCCCGGCCCCCAGGGGCCACCUGGACUCCCAGGUUCUGAUGGCCAGGACGGUAUCCCCGGCCCCUCUGGCCCACCCGGACCUCCUGGCGCACCUGGCGAGGUCAUGUAUGAGAAGAGCAUGGGCCCAGGUGAGAUCAUGGUGCCCACUCUGGUCAAAGCCCCCAUGUCUGCCUUCACUGCCAGCACAACCACCCCCUACCCACCCUCUGGUGAGCCCAUUAAGUUUGAGCAUGUAGUGUACAACGCUGAGAACCACUAUGACCCUGAGACAGGUGUCUUCACCUGCCAGGUCCCAGGAGUGUAUUACUUCUCCUACAACAUGCACGUGAAUGGCGCUAACGCCCUGGUUGCUCUGUUCAGAAACAGCGACCCCGUGAUGUUCACUUAUGAUGAGUACAACAAGGGUUUCCUGGACCAGAUGUCCGGUAGCGCUGUGCUUCAGCUCAAUGAGCAGGACACCGUGUACAUGAAGAUCCCCGAUGAUGAUGCCAACGGUAUCUUUGCCGCCGACAAUGUCCACUGCUCUUUCUCUGGCUUCCUGAUUGCUUCUACGUGAUGAAGUGAUUGAGCCUUUAAUGCCACCAUUUCUCAACCCGUGAAAUGUUACUCAAGUCAUAAAUGACCUGUUAGAGUAAAAGUUAAGGAUGGUCUUUAUUUUUUGAGAAAUAGAGGCAUCUUGACUUGAAAAUUCAAAGCAAAAGGGUGCAGGUGAGGAAGAGGUAAUUUAUAUAACAGGUUAUCAGGGAUUUGACAACAACAAACAGCAUGAUCAGAGAUACUGUUUUUUGUUUUUUGUUUUAGUUUUUUUUCAUUUGUUUGUAUUUGCUUUGGUUUUGAAAGUGGAGACAGCAUGUGAAGGUUUAAGUUCAUUUUGUGUCCUGGUAAUUUCUUAUUUCCAAUUUUUCCUUUUUUACUGAUCACAACAGGUGCUCCAAAUGCGUUAAUGUUUGUUUUUACACAAUGUUUUCAUGGCCUUCUUAAUAACUAUAUUAAAUAACAUAACAAAUAUGUGAUACGUAUGUGCACAGUUUUGUUUCUGACAUCAUUGUCUCUGACUUGAAUAUUGUGAAAUGGUCAAAUUGAUCAUCAAGAAUAAAACAACAUAUAACACAAGAACACCAAGGCAAAAUGUGUCCCAUCAAUGUUGUUAUAUGCCUAAGAUUCAAUGUGCUAUGUAAAACAUAAUGGUUGAAAUAAAUACUGUCUUAAAGAACA